AUGUCCGCCAAGAAAGUGAACAUCGUCAUCUACUCGUUGUACCACCACAUCGCCAAGAUGGCGGAGUCCGUGAAGAGCGGAGUCGAGUCCGCCGGCCACGAAUGCCAGAUCUACCAGGUCCAGGAGACGUUGCCAGAGAGCCUAGUGAAGAAAUUGGGCUCGCCAGGCAAGUUGCCAUACCCGAUCUCGGACUUGAACACGUUGACGGAGUGCGACGGACUGACGUUCGGCAUCCCCACCCGGUACGGCAACAUGCCUGCGCAGUUGAAGGCGUACUUCGACUCCACGGGCUCGCUCUGGGCUAAGGGCAGCUUGAAAAACAAGCCGUUCGGCUUGUUUGUCUCCACGGGGACGGGCGGAGGCAACGAGAUGACGGCGGUGACAGCGCUCUCGACGUUUGUGCACCACUCGAUGAUCUACGUGCCGCUCGGGUUUGCGUCCGUGUUCCCGCAGCUCACCAACUUGAACGAGGUCCACGGCGGGUCUGCGUGGGGCGCAGGCACCAUUGCCGGCGCCGACGGCAGCAGGGUCCCCACCGCGUUGGAGCUCGAGAUCGCCAAGAUCCAGGGCAAGGAGUUUGCCGAGGUCACCGCCAAGUUGACCGCCUGA